CUGCCAGGUUUCUAGCUUCUCUUCCAUCCCCAGCCUCGUCCUCGGUCAUGGACACAGUAAGGUGCAUGUGCCCCCAAAGGUUAAUCAUGUACUGGUUCAUCUUGCUGUUCAUUGCUCCUGCCGUCUCCAGGGGUUCUUACAACGUUUCCCAUGUACUUCACUCCUCAAAUCUACUUUCCGGUCGUCAAAAUACUUGUGGCUCAUGUGCAAGCACUGAGCAAUGCUGUGGUAGUACAUGCAUUGACGCUGCUCUAGUUUGCUGCCCAGACGGUCUCUAUUGGUGUCCUAUUGUCGGGGAGUCGUGCGAACCUUGCCCUGCUGGAUUGCAUUGCUCUACCAUCUACGGCGAUUAUUCACCAUGGGCAUGCUGUCCAGACAAUGUUUGUACUUUGAGGGUGUCGAGUGGUACUGGUAUAGCUACAAUCGUAACAUCGAUCGGUAGCCCCGCGCCUCCAAGCUCUGCACCCCCAACGUCUACGUAUACUCCGCCUACCACCACGCCCUCGCCCUCACCGAGUCCCCCUCACACUACUCCAACACCUUCUCCGAGCCCUACUACGCCAUCCCCUUCACGAAGUCCUCCACCUACCACCCCGUCGCCUUCGCCAAGUCCUACCACCAGACUCAUAACACCCCCAAUCAUUACACCAACUAUAACACCAACUUUGUCAACUACUCCAAAGAGCGCAAGCUCCAAAGCCUCUGCAACGUCCUCAAGUAUCAACUCUGUGAAAUUCAUCACAUCUACAAUCUCCCCUCGCUCAACAGCUUCAAGAUGGGAUGGAUCCGGACCUCUCCUUACCGGGACUUGUGCCACUCCCGAAUUCUCGCUGGUUAACGGACCUCAAACGACAUCAGUGUUCUAUAUCGGAGUAGUUGGCUGUGUGGGCGACAAAACGGAUUGCUGUCCAUUCCAAGUAAGCAGCACAACCGCGACCGUUACAGCUGCAGGACCGGCUCCCACAACUCAACUCAACUUUCCUUCUGCGAGUACGACCAAUCAAAAUACCCUGCCAGACUGUCCAGCAGACUACCAGACUAUCUCAUCUUCCUUCUGCUGUCCUUCGGGAUACUUGCUCUGGGACACCCCGCUCGGAGGAAUAACACCAUGCUAUAGCACAACAUCUAACUAUCUGACACCUCCAUCCAUUACCGAUGCCUCGGCCACAGACUUUGCAGCUCCUACCGGUCCAUCAAUAACCACAAGCACUGUCGUCAACGUAGUAUACGCCAUGAACUACCCUGUCAAGGGUCGGUCGACCACACUGAGCAAAGGUGCGGAUGCCGGUAUUGGCGUUGGCUCGGUAGCUGUAGCGGCUGUGGCCGCUUCUGUUUUGUUCUGGUUCUUCUUCAGGAGAAGACCUCGGGAUCCGGAUAAUGAGGAUAAUCAUAGUCCGUAUUCUGACAGGGGAAGAGGCCGAAAUGAGUCUUCGCCUUCGGCUGGACCGGCAGUGACGCCUUAGAUUGGAUUUCUCUCUUUUGUCGAAUUUGUUGCAUAAUUAAUCAUGGCUUUUUUAUGUUCGUAUAGUAGGGGAGACGACGUCAGUAUUUCGUAUACGGCGUGGAUGGUUUAAUCUAAUGUUUUAAUGGUCAAUUGGUCAAACAGUCUGUUAUAUACUAAAUGUGCCUACUCUCUAUUAAAUAGCAAUCUCCGAUCCA